UCUCACCCCAUCAGGAGAUCCAGAAGGGAGUAGAAGAUGGUACGACAGUGGUUGUUUCUGAACAGUCAGAACAAGUCUGCAAAUAUGAGAAAGAGUCUCAGCAGAAGGUCUCAGACUCCUGUCAGCUCCAAGCUGGUGCCACUCAAGAAAACCUCAAAGUAAUUGUGAAGCAGAAGAAAGACCUAGAGGAACUCCUUGAAUGGGAGCCAAAAAGAACCAGCUUAGAGGAGGCAUCUCAACAUGAGGUGCAAGAAAAUGCGAUAGAUAACAAAUGGGGACCAGUCUGGCCACUGGAUGGAAGCAAAGAGCAUGAAGAAAGUGAUACAGGAGGGAUCAGGGUGGAUCAGGAUAAGCAGCUACUGAAAGCUUCAUGGACCCAGGAGGAAGCUCAAGAAGGGGUGCCCAAUGGGACACCCCAUGUAGGAGAGCAGCAAAGAGGACAAGAAAAGAUAGCAUGGGCUGGAGGAUUUCAGCAUGGAGAGUUGAAGGGCACAACCAAGGUGACAAAUGAACAGCAGUUGGAAGCUGAGAAACUGGAAGAAAUAGAAGCUAAAGAGAACCAAAAAGAGGAAACAAAAAAGGUGGCAGUGGAAGAAGAAAUUUUAGAAUCACUACUCAAUGAGGCAGAGAAUGAGGAAAACCAAGAGGAGGUGCUAGCAGAAGAAGAAGAGGCAGGAAAAAGUUAUCAGAGGGAAUUAGAAGAAACAGGAGGAAUCAUAACAAGUUUGGAAAGGGAGUUGGAAGAAACUUUAUGGAAUGACGAGUUUCAGCAAGGAGCACCAGACCAGACCCAGCUAGAGGAGGCAACAGCAUUUCAACAUGGGGUGCUGGAAGAAGUCAACCAAAUAAAAGACUGUCAGCAGCUGAAAACUGCAAAAGAAGAAGCAGAGGCAGAUGAGGAUCAGAAGUGGGAGCCAGAUAGCAUGGCAAUGGAAGAAGGAAUCCAGGAAACAAAGGCAGAUGACCCAGAGACUGAGAGAAACCAGGAAGAAGUGCUAGAAAAGGAAGAAAAGAUGGAGAGAAGCCAUCAGUGGGAGUCAAAGGGGGAAGUAGAAGAGGAAAGAGAAAUGAACAGGAGGCAAGAAAGGGAGUUGGAGGAGACUUUGUGGAACAAAGUGGUUGUAGAAGAGGCACCAGAUUUGGAACAGUUUUUAGCGGAACAGCAGGUAGUGCUAGGGAGGACAACACCAUUUGUGGAAUUUCAGUAUGGGAAGUUGGAAGAGACAGAAAAAAUGGCAGAGAGUCAGUGCCUGGAAGGCGAAAAGAAACAUGGAGGAGUAGAAGUGGAAAAGGAGGCUGAGGAAAAGGAAAAUGUGACAGAUGUGGUAGAAAGGAAAGAAGGAGGUAAUGGAGGAUCAAAUGGAGAAGAAACUGAAGGCCAGCAGAAGGUGCUAGAAGAAGAGGAGAGAAGUCAUCAGUUGGAGCCAAAGGAGGAAGCACAAGAAACAAUAGUGGUUCUGGAGAGGGAGCUAGAGGGCAUUUGGAGAAACGAAGAUGUUCAGCAGGAGAUUCCAGACUGGAACCCGCUAGUUACAAAACAGCAAACCGAGCCAGUACAGGUGAUGGGAUGCUUUGGAGGGUUUCAUCAUGCAAUGGAGGAAGAAGUGGAUAAAACCGUCGAAAACCAGCAGUUGGGGUUUGUAAAAAUAGAGGAAGGAGAAGUAAAAGGAGAGGAAGACAAGCAAUGGGAGUCCAAUAGCAUGAUAGUAGAAGAAGGAAUUAUGGAAUAUAUGCUUGAUAAGUCAGAGAUGGUGGGUGGCCAAGAGGAGAUGCUUGAAGGAAAAGAAGGUAAGGGAAAAAAGCAUCAGUGGGAACCAAAAGGAGAAGUAGGAGAGGAAAAAGGGACAAAUGAGAAGAACCAGGAAAGGGAGCUGGACCAGACUUUGUGUAACAAGGAGGUUCUGCAAAGGUCAGACUGGGAUCAGUUUGUAGAGGAACAGUGGGUAGGGCUAGAGGGGACAGCAGCAUCUGUGGAAUUUCAGACUAGGGAAUUGCAAGAGGCAGACAAAAUGGUGGAGAAUCAAUGCCUAGAAGGUGAAGUACAUGGAGAAGUAGAGGUGGAAAAAGAGGUGGAGGAAAAGAAGGAUGUGACUGAUACAGUAGAAGGGAAAGAAGAAUUUCAUGAAGGGAUGCCAAGUGGGGAAGAGACUGGAGGAGACCCACCUAAGGUGCUAGAAGAAGUGGAGAAAAGCUGUCAAUGGGAAUCAAAGGAAGAAGCAGGAGAUGUAGGAGAAACGACAGUGGCUCUGGAAAGAGAGCUGGUGGAGACUUUGUUUAGCAACAAGGUUCCACAAAUGUCACUAGUCAAGGAACAAUUUGUAGAGGAACAGCGGGUAGGACUAGAGAGGACAGCACCAUCUGUGGCAUUACAAUAUGGGCAGCUAGAAGAGGCAGAAAAAAUGGUAGAGAAGCAGGGUUUGGAAGUGGAGAGGGACCGUGCAGACGGAGGAGAAGUGGCUGAGGAAUGGAAAGGAAUGGUAGAUAUAGUAGCAGGGAAAGAAGGAAUUCAGGAAGCAAUACCAAGUGGGGAAGAGAUUGAAGCUGACCGGCAGGAAGAUAUAGAAAUCAAAGAAGAGAUGGAGAUAAAUUGUCAGUGGGAACCCAAGGAAGAAGUAGAAAAGGUAGUAAAAAACACAGAGGAUCAGGAGAGGGAGCUAGAAGGAACUUGGAGGAACAAGGAAGCUCAACAAGAUGCACCAGAAAAAACCCAAUUUGUUAUAGAACAGGAGGAACUUGCAAAGAUGCCAGCAUGGACUGGAGGGCUUCAACCUGGGCUGCUGAAUCUGGUGGCAGAGGUCAAUCAGUUGGAGGUUGAGCAGGAAGAGGUAAAGGCAGAUAAAUCCAACCAGCAGGAUUUGGCCACAGUAAAAGAAAUUCAAGGAGUGCUGGAUGAGGCAAAGACUGAGGAAGAUUAUAAGGAGGAACCAAAAGAAAAUAAAGAUGUGAGAAGUGAUCAGUGGGAACUUAGGGAAACUGCUAUGGAUUUCCAAGAGCGGUAUGGCGAGUCAAAGGGAAUAUUAGAUAACAGCAAGGAUCAGCAGGGAAAAUGGGCAGAGGCAGAAGAGAAUGAGGGGGACCAAUCGAAAGAACCUGUGAAAAAUGAGGCAUGGGCUACUGAGGAAGAACAUGAGGAGCGCACGGGAAGAGUACUGGAGAAAUGCAAAGAGGAAGAGUCAAUGAAGGUGGCCGAAGCUUGGUGUCUUGACAAAGAAGUACUGGCCAAGAUUACAGGAGACCAAUUGAGACAGCUAGAAGAAAAGCAGAAGAGCUUGCAGCAGCAGGGAUCCUUGUCCAGUGUCUCCCUUGAAAGAACUCCACUCCCUGGGCACCAAACCUUCCAGGUUGAGGUCACAUCUCUGGACACAAGUGCCCAGAAGGAACGUGUGCUCCUACGUCGGAAGAGCUCCAUCCGGCGGGCACCCAGCUUGAAGAGACCAAGGCCAUCAAUGGAAAACUUACCACAGGAGACGGAUGUAACCAGUUCCGUGAACACUCCACAACAAACAGAUGUACCCAGUCCUGUGAACAUUCCAUCUCAACCACCACCCAGAGCACCCAGACCAACCAUGAGGCAUGCUGGGUUUGGACCUAUGCACCCAAACAUGAUGGCUGAACUCCAGAUGCGCUUGCGCAAACCCCAGUGACACUUUCUCCCCUCAAUUCAGAAGGCUGUGUGAAGUAAUUCACAUAAACUCUGCUGCAUCCUGGAUCAAGCCACCAUGAUCAAAACAUCUAGAAAUCACUGUGAGAAGAGACAUGUUAUAAAAUUACACAGAUCAGUAAUUUUUGAUGUAAGGGUGUCUUGAUGGCUUCAACAUGAACACCAAUGUCAGGGUGUUUUCCACAUUAGAGCUUUCCACAUCUUCCCCAGCAUCAUAACUUUAAGAACCAUAUAUGAUGCUGGGAAUUCUUCAUUGGCUUCACAAUAUCAAAUUCUUUACUCACUGAAGCAUAUUUGUCCCUGAUUUGCCUAUCUGUUGCUUCAUUGUCUGGGGCUUGUGUGACCAAUGUGUUGAUAAACAGUUGGAUUGUACAAAUGUAUAUAUCUUAUGUAUUUGCAUGGGAUUGUCAACCUAUCAGCCCACCUCUGUAGCAGUGCAUUAACAAUGUCUUAAAAUGUAGACAUUACUAUGCAGUUAUAUUAAUUUUCACAGUGUAGAAAGAGCUGUGUCUUCAUUUCUAUAUCAAAUUACUGGUGAAAGUC